UCGCCCUGUACAUUAUGUAAAGCCAUGUUGCCGUUUGGUAAUCACAGGCUGUGAAGGGAAGAAUGUCCGGAGGAGUCGCACUGAUUCAGGGAGCAAGCCGGGGCCUCGGCCUUCAGUUCUGCAAGUUCCUAGUCCAGUCCAGCAAGUGCAGCCAAGUCAUUGCUACGUGCAGAGAGCCGCAGUCCGCUGAAGCUUUGCUAGAACUGAAGCAGCUCCACCCAGAUCUUCUGACCAUUGUGAGACUCGAUGUAAGCAGCCAGCUUGCCAUUCAGCAAUGUGCCCAGCAGGUGGCGCUGACUUUCGGCAGUCUGGAUCUACUCAUCAAUUCCUCAGCAAUGCUGCACCCUAGCGGCAGAGGAGAGACAAGCCUUAGAGAAGUGUCUGCAGAGGGUCUAUCGUUGGCACUUUCCACAAACACCAUAGGUCCCCUGUUGAUGGCGAAACAUUUUGUGCCACUACUGCUGAAAGGAACUGGAAUGUUUGGAGCUCAGUCAACCGACAAGUCCAAACAGCACAGCGCCAUUUUAAUAAACAUGAGCGCCAAAGUGGGCUCCAUAACCGAUAAUGGCUUAGGUGGAUGGUACAGCUACCGGAUGUCUAAAGCCGCUCUGAACAUGGCCACCAAAAACCUUUCCAUUGAACUAAAGAGGGGAAGUAAGAAAGUGAUUUGUGUUUCUCUUCACCCAGGCACAGUGGACACAGACUUGUCAAGACCUUACCAUAAGAACGUGCCCAAAGAGAAGUUGUUUUCUCAAGAGCUCUCUGUGAACUAUCUCAUGAAAAUUAUUGAUGGCUUAAGCAUUGAACAGAGUGGAAAGUUUUUCUCCUGGAAUGGUGGUGAAAUUCCUUGGUGAAAUAGGUCUGAUUAUGUUGUGUUGUGUUAUGUUAAAUGAAUUAGUCAGGACAUAACUUCUCUUGAUAUACAUAUACAAGUAUUCAAUGUAUUUGAUGGGAUUCCAUGUAAAAGAGUAAAUUCAUAUGCAAAUCAAAUUUAAAGGUAUGUAGAAUAAGUGGAAAUUUGCUUGUCUUAAUUCAUUUAUUAUGACGCUUUGGAGACCACAGUAUUUAUCAUUAAAUGUAGGUCAGAACAUA